AUGGAUCCCGAGGGCGCCCCGGCCGCCAAGGGGCUGCAGGUGCUGGAGGCGCCGGAGCAGCGGCGGCCGCGGGCGCCCUGGUUCGAGCGGCACGUGCAGCCGUGCGUGGCCGAGCUGCUGGGCAGCGCGCUCUUCAUCUUCAUCGGCUGCGCCUCCGUCGUCGAGAGCGCGGAGGGCGCGGGGCGGCUGGCGCCCGCGCUGGCGCACGGGCUGGCGCUGGCGCUCAACAUCGCCGUGCUGGGCGCCAUCAGCGGAGGCCACUUCAACCCCGCCGUGUCCCUGGGCGCCUGGCUCGUCGGCGGCCUCAGCCUGCCCAUGUUGCUGCCCUACUGGGUGUCCCAGCUCUGCGGCGGCGUCAUCGGUGCCGCGCUGGCCAAGGCAACCACGGCCGGCGAGCGCUUCGCCAACGCCAGCGGAGGAGCCUUCAGCACCAUCGGCUCCGACGGGCAGGUGCCGGCGGCGCUGGGCGCCGAGGUGGUGCUCAGCGCGCUGCUCGUGCUCACCGUCUGCAUGGGCGCCCUCAACGAGCGCACCCGCACACCGCUGGCGCCCUUCUGCAUCGGCUUCGCCGUCACCGCCGGCAUCCUGGCAGGCGGUGCUGUGUCCGGAGCCUGCAUGAAUCCAGCCAGAGCCUUCGGGCCGGCACUCGUGGCCAAUCACUGGGACUAUCACUGGGUUUACUGGGUCGGGCCCAUGCUGGGCGGCCUCAUCGUGGGCGCCCUGAUCAGGCUCCUGCUGGGCGACCAGAAAACCCGUCUGCUGCUGCGGUGA